GUUCUGCAAGGCGCAUUACGAGUUCGCAGUCCAACUUCAACAUCGAUAAGAGUGACAUCGAGAAUUUCAAGACCUCCUCAAAGCAGCAACCGCGAUGUCUACUCAAACCGACGAGUCUCAGGUCAAAAAGAUGGAAAGUGAAAUAGCACAAUUUUUCUCGGGUCGCAAAGUCCUUAUAACGGUCGGCUUGGGAUGUCUGGGAAAGCUUUUGAUUGAGAAAUUACUGCGAUGUUGCCCAAAUAUCGCGACGCUGUACGUAUUCGUGAGAGAAAAAGACGGAAAGAAUCCUCGUGAACGCAUACAACAACUUCCCGAACUGCCUUUAUUUGAGAAGUUGAAGGAAGAACAGCCACAUUUCUUGCAGAAAUUGAUAAUGAUCGAGAGCGAUCUGAGUAAGCCAAACUUGGGCUUAUCCCAGCAAAAUCGUAAUAGAUUGCUUGACACGAACGUUAUUUUUCACGGUGCAAUGAUGACACGACUCAAUCAAAAAUUUCGUAUAAUGGUAAACGUUAAUGUGCAGGCCACGAAGGACAUAUUGCUACUUGCGAGGAAUAUGCCGGAUCUCAAGGCUUUUGUCCAUCUAUCGACGACUUUCGCUCAUUCGCCAAUCAAAUCCAUUGAAGAGAAACACUAUCCCCCACCAAUAAAGACUGAUGAAUUAUUGUCGCUGUUGAAUAUCCUGAACGAUAGAAAGUUGGAUGCUCUUACAUCGUCAUUGAUCGACGGCUGGCCUAACUCGUUCACGUUUACGAAAGCGGUUGCGGAGGACACGGUGCUGCGAUACGGCAACGGAAUGCCGGUGUGCAUCGUGCGACCGUCUAACGUGACGUCGACCUGGAACGAGCCGAUCAUGUGUUGGUCCGACAGUGUGUACGGGCCUAUUGGUCUCUUGGUCAGCUCGAGUCUCGGCCUAUUGCGCACGAUACGUAGCCACGUAAAAAAAAACCUCGACUUCGUACCGGCUGAUUACGUGACGUCAUGCUUGAUCGCCACCGCUUGGCACAUCAAUGCAAGACAUACCAAGGGAGAAUUUAAAGUGAACGCGGAAACAGGCGUCGUGUCGGUCGCGGAAAGAGUGUUGGUGUACAAUUAUGUCUCGUCUUGUCAAAAGCCGAUGACCUGGGACACGUUUAAAAAACACGUACGCACCCACGGAUCAAAUAUACCGGGUGUGGAAAAGAUGCGGCUGCGGUACAUAGUUUGGAAUAGUAGACUGUGGGUGCACAAGAUUUUCAUGUUUCUGAUGCACUUGUUGUCCGCAACCAUCGUGGAUGAUUCAGCGUCCUUACUUAGCGGCUAUCCUCCAAGAUGGUACAGGGCCUAUAAUUUGAUAAGUACUUAUUUUGUGGCGAUGUACCAUUCUAUAUCGCAGCAAUGGUACUUCAGGAAUGACGCGGUGGUCGAACUUUGGGGACGAAUGAACGCGGUGGAUCGCGAGAUAUUCAAAUUCGAUAUGAGUAAUUUCGAUUGGAGCGAAUAUGUAAAGCGAAUGACCUACAAUAUGCGCGACUUUGUCAAUAACGACUCGUUGGAUGGUGUAAAAGAAAGAGUGACCGAUUAUAUUGAACUACGAUUUUACACGUAGGCUGAAGAUCGUCUAUACAACCAAGAUGCGGAUAACAUAACGUGCACAAACGUGCGUUUUAAUAUUUACAUAAUUAAAAACUAUAAUUUAUAUUCUGUACAAUUUAUAUUCUUUUCGUUGAA